GCGCGCGCGGGCGUGCGCUCCGCCGUCUCCAGGCUGUGUUCUCCAGGCGCCUCCUCCUGCUCCUCCAAACAUGGCGCCGCUCCGCAGCACUGCAGCUUCCCCGACGCGCGACGCAGAGCAGGACCGACGGAGGAGGACGAGAAGCGGCUAGCGGCUCAUCCCCACCGCGCCUCACGCUCAUCCUCUGAGACCCACACAACUCGCCACUCUUCGGGGUCUCCCGCGCAGACGCUACGUGGAGCUUUUUGGAGACGUUUACGCGUCAGGCUGGGCGCGUAGCGGAGAGAGCCCACCUGUCCGACGAAGGUAGACCUCGCAGUCCUUUUGGAUGAAGGAUGUGAGUGUCCCCGAUUCCUGGGACAUAACGAGGCGCGCCGGCGAGCGGACACACGCGUGGCUCGGGGUCAGACGGGCUCCGGUGAAAAACAUGUGCGGCCCCGUGAGGAGCAGAAACACGGAGGCGGUAGAGGACUGAGUCUUUCCAGGGGGGGGGGGACAAAUACUUUUUCCUCUCUUCCACAACAAGAGGAUGGAUGGAGAACAUUUCGCGCUGUCAGGAGUCGAGAGGGAAAGGGAGAGGCUUCCGCCAAUUUACAACAGCUCCGCUCCUGCUGCUUUUGGGCGAGGAGCUAAGCAGCCGUUUCCUUCUCUGGGCUCCUUCAUCUCCACUCUGAGCCAGAGGAGGGAGGCGGGGGGGCGAGGCUUUGCUGGCGGCACCCUGACCGGCACCCUGACCGGCACCCUGACCGGCACCCAGUGGCUCAGACAUGGGAGGGAGCUCCCCCCCAUCUGCAGCGACGUGCGUCAGAAGCAGCGGCUCUCCAUCGACACUCUUCCCCCGGAGGUGAAAGCCCCGUUCCCCUCGGACCCCGUCAUCCCCCUGCGCACCAAGACCACCAAGGACUUCCAGGAGGACGUGGAGCGUGCCGCCCAAUCGGGGGACUGGAGGGAGGUCCGAGAGUUUUACCUCGCCACCUUCGACUCCUUCAUCGAAAUCAACGCUGCCUUCAAGCGCGAGGCGAACGGAUCCUUUAACACCGUCGACGACUCGGGAGUCAACGCCAAGUUUGUCAACGCCGUUUACGACACGCUGCUCGGCACGCCUCAGGACAUCCAGAAGUCGGUGUUGAAAGGGAUCAUCAACAGUCUCCUGAGGGAGUGGAAAGGGCCUCGGACCAAAGACGACCUGCGAGCGUAUUUCAUUCUCGUUCAGAACCCGCAGUACUCCAGCACCAGCACCUAUGUGAUCUACGCUCACCUGCUGAGGCAGAUUGCAGCUCUCUCCGAGGCGGACCACCACUUCCUGGUCCAUUGGCUCAAAAAGCUGUCGCCGAGGCGUUUCAGGCAGCCGGUGGAGCGCCUCCUGCAGUUCAUCUCCACCCGACUGUUUCCCGCAGAACCAGAUGAACUUCCUCCUCUGGCCAAGUGCUCCUGGUGGAUUCCCUCAGCCACCAAAGUGCUCGGCCUGUUCAAUGCAGCCAACAGCGUCUCCUCUGCUCCCAUCAUGCCCUUCACGGACUUCUACAACAUCGCCCUGGAGCACAUAGACUUCAUGGAGGAGUACAGGACCUGGCAGAACUACGGCAGCUCAAACAGGUUUUCCUUCUGUCAGUUCCCCUUCAUCCUCUCGACCGUGGUGAAGAAAGCCAUCAUCCAGAAGGACUCUGAGCAGCAGAUGAUCAGCCAGGCCAGGCAAAGCCUCGUCAGCAAGGUGUCUCGCAGGCAGAGAGUGGACAUGAACCUUCUGUUUCUCAACAUUAAAGUACGACGGGCACAACUCCUCAGUGACUCACUGGAUGAGCUGACGAGGAAGCGGUGCGACCUGAAGAAGAAGCUGCGGGUGACCUUUGUCGGGGAGGCCGGGCUGGACAUGGGGGGCCUGACCAAGGAGUGGUUCCUGCUGCUGGUGCGACAGAUCUUCCACACGGACUACGGAAUGUUCACCUACAUGAAGGACUCGCGCUGUCAUUGGUUCAGCAGCUGGAAGUGUGACAACUAUUCCGAGUUCCAGUUGGUGGGGACUCUGAUGGGCUUAGCAGUUUACAACAGCAUUGCUCUGGACAUCCACUUCCCCCUCUACUGUUACAGGAAGCUCCUGACUCCGCCCACUGUACCGUGUGACCAAAAUGCCCUCGUCGGCAUGGCAACUGCCACCCUGGACGACCUGCAGCAGAUCAUGCCGGAGCUGGCUCGUGGUUUGGGAGAGCUGCUGAGCUACGAGGGGAACGUAGAGGAAGACUUCUACCUCAUGUUCCAGGUCUUUCAGGAAGAAAUGGGCGUGGUCAAAUCCCACAACCUGAAGCCCGGAGGAGACAAAAUUCCCGUCAGCAAGCAGAACAGGAAGGAAUACGUCCAGCUCUACGUCGACUUCCUGCUGAAUAAAUCCAUCUGUAAACAGUUUGCGGCCUUCUACCACGGCUUCCACAGCGUGUGUGCCUCUGACGCUCUCAUGCUGCUGCGGCCGGAGGAGGUGGAGAUGCUGGUUUGCGGGAUCCCGGAGCUGGACAUGAGCGCUCUGCAGAAAGCCGCCCAGUACGAAGGAUACGGCAAGACGGAGACCACCGUCCGGUGCUUCUGGGACGUGGUGUUGGCCUUCCCCCUGGAGCUGCAGAAGAAGCUCCUCCACUUCGCCACGGGAAGCGACCGCGUUCCCGUGGGAGGGAUGGCCGACCUGAACUUCAAAAUCUCCAAGAUCGACGUUCCGACGGACUGGUUGCCGAUCUCUCACACCUGCUUCAACCAGAUCUGUUUGCCUCCUUAUCGAACCAGGAAGGAGUUGAAGCAGAAACUCACCAUCGCCAUCUCCAACGCCGAAGGCUUCGGCCUGGAGUGACACGCCUACACACACACACACACACACACACUGUGUGACGGUCGGUUAGAUAAACUGGAUGACAACAAAUGGUAAUGACUGAAAUAGUUAUUGUGUUGUUUUUCUCAGUUUUCCGUUGUUGUGCUUUGUUCAUUUCGCUCUCCUUUGAUGAGCUCUAACUGAAGACCCCCCCCCCACGAUCAAAGACAGUGUUAUUCUUAAUUUAUUUGUAGAUGUCCGUGAACAAAACGUGGGACAAAACGAUGUGUCAAUCAAAACAGUGAACUCCUCUGGUAUUGUAACAGGAUGCUGAUUCACUCAGGAAAUGAUUGUUACUGUUUGUUUUUACAGAAUUACAGGUGUUCUCAUUGGCAUUUUACUUGGUUAAAUUAACCUCCUAUUAUGUGAUCGAGGUUGAGAGAUGAGAGAGUAAACUGGGAGAACUUCUCCAUUGAUGAAGACGGGAAAACCAGCCUUCAAAUGACAAAAUGGAUUCAAAUGAUCAAAAGAGAGAAGUAAAUUCAUGCCGCAGCCACAAAAAAAAACUAAACUAAUAUUUUCUGUCAUGUGCUCAUUCUUACUUCACUGCGUUGGUAACUUUUUAAAUAUAUAUUUUUGUUGAAUGCAAUGGAAAUAUGUUGCAUAUCAUUUAGCUUUGUGUGCGGCGGACUGUCAGGACAUUUGAGCUUUAGCUGAGAACAACGCUGGUGUUUUUUCAUGGCAUAAAGGUCGUCUUGCGAAGUUUCGUUACUGUUGUUGUUGUUGUUGUUUUUCUGUGUUUUUUUUACAUUGCUGCUUGUGUUAUUGAACAAAAGGCUUCGGCAUAAAUGUUUUAACUUUUGUUUUAAAUGUUGUGACGUCACGAUGCAGUUGACCCCUAACUGCCAAGUUUUUGAGUAUUCGAUUGCGCUGAAGAUCCGAUCAAACCAGAGAGUCUGCUUUGACACCCACCCCCCCCCCCGCCUCCACCCCUCCCCCCCUCGGGGGAGCCUCUGGCCCAGGGCUCAGCAUCGCUGGUUUUCAGACACUCAGCACUGACGUGUGUAGCGUUGCCAUGGCGAGAUGUCUGGAGUCCCAAUGAUUAACUGACAAAGAGCCCAGAGGUUACCAAGCAACAGUCAAGCAUCUCACAUCCCCCCCCCCCCCCCUCCUCCUUCUACAACAGUGGAGGCUCUCUGUUUGAGAAGGACUUCCUUCCACACUCACACCACGAAUUCUGGGUCUCAAACCGGGAACGGGGAGCGUUUGCCGGGUCGAGCGGGACCACGUGACGUCGUUUUUUUUUUUUUUUUGUGUGUUAAUGUCAGCCAGGUCUGUUUGUAAAUGGGACCAAACUGUGUCAGGUCAUACAGUGGGACAGCAGUUUGAGAAUAGCUCAAACCGGUUCACGGGAAUUCGUUGAGAUGUAAUUAUUUUUCCCUCGUCAGUUGUGUUGAGAGAGCGCGUAAAAAAGUCAAGAAAGGUCAUGUAUUUCUGAUGUGUUUUUAAUUAUUAAUAUUUAAUGAUGGUUUAUCAGUAUCUGUUCGAUAAUGUGUGCACUUGGAUGUCGGUUGUAAUGCUUCUCUGUUGUGUGUGUGUACAGCAUUUCCACAAGUAGAUUCAGUAAAAAGUGAAAGAGAGGUCAUAACUCUCUACAAAAAGA